GCUCUGUCGGUAUUUUGAAAAACAAAAUUUAAUUUAAAUUUGACAAGUAAAAACAUAUUCAUUUUCUUCCUUUUGAAUGUUUAUUUGAAAUUUUUUGAGUAACAAUUUAAAUAUUAUGCAAAUAAAUUAAAAGUAAGAAAAACUGUAUAAGGAAAAGUAAAAAAAUGGCAUAUUGCUUCGAUGAAUUGGGGGACUACGCCGUAACACCAAUGCUCGUGUCACCUUGCGACCCAGAGAAAUGUUGCCAACCACCACCGUGUUAUCCUUGCCUACCCCGCUGCCCAAAAGGACAGGUUGUGUAUUAUUGUGAGAAACCACAAAGCACACAAAGCAAGUCUUCAAAAAACUGUGAUAAUUGUUGUUAUGAAACUCCAAAAGCCGAAUCGCAUUGUAAGCGUAGAUCGUCGUCACCUCCAAGAGAUGACUGCUGUCCUACAUGCAGUAAUCCAUGCAAACCAAUCAAAACCAAAUACGUAAUACCAUGCUACCGUUAUGAAGAUGGACGAAUCGAACAGUACGUUCCGACGCGACACGGUAGACUUCCUAUUACGGCAUACCGUAGAAAUGGUAUGCAAGACCAAAUCCAUGGGUAUAGAGGGGCACAGCGAUAUCUGUGCGCUGGCAGUAUAGGCAGUGAAUACCACGUUUACACUGCAGUGGAACCUAUCCGCAGGAUAUAUCCAAAAGUUACACAAGAAAUGUUACCCGUAAAUCCCCUACCAUCCAGUGCGUUAAAGCGGAACGGCCUUCAAGAUCAGCAAUUUUUAGAAAGCAGUGGAAUAUCGUAUAUACGCAAAUGUUGGAGAAAUGCCACAUGGAGCGAUAGCCCAUUUAUUUUACCCGUCAAACCUAUGAAGAAACUUCCUAGUAUUGUACGAAAAUUACCAGUGUCUGCAUUCAAGCGAAAUGGUAUACAAGACCAAGAACAUUCUAAGUUAUUAGGCACCGCAAACUUUCUUAAACGAUGUCCUCGUGAUGUAGCAAUAGAAUGUGAAGUUAGCCCUGUCCCAUUAAAAGUGAAAGAUCCUGUCAAAGUACCUGAAUACAAUAAUCCAAUCGAAUGUUGUUUACUAAAGAAGGAACCUAUUGAAGUUUCUUUAGAAGAUGUUUUGUAUGACUAAUACAAGUUCAAAGUUAAAGCUUAUAAAAUAAAAUGUAAAUCAGCCUACAGUUCUAAUGCGCCGCGCAUGUGAAGUAGCCGUGGGCGCUCGGCCGAGGCGAAAGCCUUUCGCAG